AUGGCUUCCGAUCCUCAUAGGAAGCAGUCUGUCAUUGACGCUUCGCGUGCCGCCAUGGAAUCGCCCCCAGGCAUCGCUGCCUUGUUCGUCAUUCGCUUCGACAUCAGGACCGGAUAUGUGGUCUCGUGGAAACGAACAACACCAGGAAUCGACGUCGAAGGGGUAGUCGAGUACAAGUCGCUGCCUUCCGGGCUGCACAACGUGACGGACGAUUUAGUGUAUUUCGUCCAUGAUCAGUAUGCCGGGAUCAGCUCGUUCCUCAACCAGCCCGCCGCCGAGGCGGAGCGCAAUGCGAAGAUGUUCGCUAUUGGAGUCUUGGUUCCUCUAAGCUCUGGGAGACUCGGAAAGAGCUGGCGACAUGCUCCGCGACUGAGAGAUUUGACAUUGAAAUACGCCACCGACAUGUCAAAUGAACAGCCAUUGUUGGACUAUUGGGAUGCUUUUCAAGCCGGAGGGACCGAUAUUGUUACCGCCGACUCGCCGGUCGAUUCGCCAGUGAGCGUUCGGUUCCGACCGGGCGACAGACCUGACCACUCGUCGCGCAACCGCGCCUUCAGCGAUGCCAUGGCUUUGGAAACGUUAAGGCCGGCCUUGACACCCUUCCAUCCUGCUUCGUCCCUACCUGAUUUCAUCGACCGCUUCGGGCCGUUGGUGUUCCCCUUGUAUAGGGCAGCGCUAUUGCGGAAACGUAUCCUUUUCAUGACCGAAGCACCGGUACAUACACCAUGCAAUUAUGUUUAUGAUCUAUCACUGCUGGCAUCUCUACCAAACUCCCUCCUCCAAGCACUGCCAUCUGGAUACAUUCCACCCAUGCGGCCUCGCCCGCUUUUCAACAUCGGUAUACACGAUAUCCCGUACCUUUCAUCCUUCGAUAUCUCGCGGGACAGUCAAGAUUUCGAAAGAGACCCUAGCUGGAUUGCUUGCUCGACAGAUAGUGUCCUGACGAUGAAGCCUGAGCUUUAUGACGUCCUGGUCACUCUCUCUCCUGCGCAUUUCCAACAUGACGUCGAGGGUGUAUUCCCCCAAAUCACUCUGAUGCACCCUUCAGACAGAAAAUCCAACCCGAAAAACAACUUCCUUCUGAAGGCAACACAACGGGACGCUCGUCGUUACGCAAUGCUACGUAGAGGUCUACGACAUUUUGCCGCUGACCGAGCCUCCCCUGAUGUGUCGGACGAAUCCGACACCGACUCCACCUAUUCAUCGAGCCCGGUCGUUGAGCCGAUCUCAUGGACCCGACUCGCCUACAAUUCUUUCAUUUGGUGGGCUUCCGCCGGCGCAAACCGUGAGGGUCUCUCGGAGGAAGAAGAGGAGCACCAGAUUGAACAAGACGCACGAUUGCUGGCAAGCGUGGAGAGUCUUGCAUAUCCUGCUCCCAACUCCACAGGCCGGCGCUCCUCCCACGCCGAUGAUGCUGGCCAGGAGCCGCCGGAAGUUGCUCUGGUAGCCUACUUCCGCCGCUUGACCACACAGAUCUUCUUCACCCUUGCUGGCGCCAUCGACCGCCACGAUUCUGAAUACCGUGACGAGGACGGCACUGAUCCUUAUCACGACACGCCUUACCUCGAUGACCCCGACAACGAUGAUACCGACCUGUCACUUUCCAUGUCACGACGGUCGAUACACACCGAUGAUGGAAGUAGCCCUCUAUUGCGGCAGCGAUCGCACGCGAGUCACUCUAGCCAUCAUGACUCGAGCUCGAGGCGAGGGGCUUCGGGCAAAGAUGAUCCGAUCAUCAUCACCGUCGCCGACAUGGCGGAGAUGGGACUCGACAUGUGGAGCGCUACAGAUCGAAUCUUUGUCGAAGAACUCGUGUCUCUCUGGUGGGGACGCCCGGCACAUGUGGACAGCGCGCGGAUUCGCUGCUGCGGGAUUUCAAUCUUAUAG